ACCGCCCCCCAUCAUGCUAAUAAUGGCGCCGUCCUGUGGCAUAUUUUUGAGAGCAAGGGCAAAGCUGGUAGUGUAGUUGUCUCAUUUAAGAAGCAAACAUGGCGAGGUUUCUGAGGCCUAGCAUCAGGAGUUUUGUCACCUCACAGCUGAGAAUGUCAUCCGAUCAGCUGGGUGAGCUAGGUAAAGGGGCAGGGAAAGGUGGUGGAGGCGGAGGGUCCAUCAGAGAGGCAGGUGGAGCCAUGGGGAAGAAGCAGGCUGCUGAGGAGGAGAUGUACUUCAAGCGCAAGGAGCAGGAGCAGUUGGCUGCACUCAAACAACACCACCAGGAGGAAAUUGAUCAUCACAAGAAGGAAAUUGAGCGUCUCCAGCGCGAGAUUGACCGCCAUAAGGGAAAGAUUAGGAAGCUGAAACACGAUGACUAAGUGCACACUUCCAAAAAAUAAAUAAAUAAAGCCUCACCGUCCCAGACACCUUUUCAUAAAUCCUCCGACUGCAGCAUGCACUGUGUCACCGGGCCAGUCAUGAAUGUGUGUGUGUGAUAGUUGUUCUGUAAAUGCUUGAAAGUUAUUAAAACUGUUCAUAAAUACAAUGUUGUUUCCAUGGCAUGCUGUCACAGAAGUGGUGCAACUUUUUCAACCUUCCCCCUGUGCUGUACUUCAUCAGUGAACUGUGUGUUGCAGACACGAUGGCAAAGUGUAAAAACCUAAAUAUAUUCAAUGCUUCGCAUGGCAACAUCAGCUUUUUGUGCGAUGUAUAGAUAAAGUCAUGGUCAUAUAAGUGGCAUUGGUACUUCAAAACAUGGUAGCGUAAAAUUAAAACAUUUGUGUUACCCCAUUGUCUUGCAAUGGCAUUCUCUAAUUUCCCCAAAAUGAAAAUGUUUGUUUUAUGUGGAGGCACAUGCAUAGCAGUUGUCAGGAUAUGGACUGAUAAAGUAAAUUAAACUUUAUUUUAAACUA